GUGGGACGGCACCGGGGCCCAGCUUGGGCUGCCCAGCCAUGACGGAGGGUUGGGGGGGGGGAUGAUGUCCCAGGUGUCACUGAGCAGUGGGACAGCAGGAGCAGCCCAGGAGAGCUGGAGCUGGAGCCCAAGGAGAGCCCACAGCGAGCCCAACCACCUCCCCACCAUGGACGCCACAGACGUGCCCCUCCAGGCUGAGAUGGUGGAACUGGUGCCCAACGGGAAGCAUGUGGCUGCACUCACCACCUCCACCGUCCCCUCGCUGGCAGGUGACAGGUUUGAGGAGAACCAGUCUGGCACAGCAGAGAUGGAGGAGUUCCUGCCCCACGGCGCCGAAAAGAAACAGACACACUUCACUGACUUUGAAGGGAAGACGUCUUUCGGGAUGUCUGUCUUCAACCUGAGCAAUGCCAUCAUGGGCAGCGGCAUCCUGGGGCUGGCCUACGCCAUGGCCAACACCGGCAUCAUCCUCUUCCUGUUUCUCCUGACGGCGGUGGCCCUGCUCUCCAGCUACUCCAUCCACCUGCUGCUCAAGUCCUCAGGCAUUGUGGGCAUCCGCGCCUACGAGCAGCUGGGCUACCGAGCCUUUGGCACGCCGGGGAAGCUGGCUGCAGCCAUCGCUAUCACCCUGCAAAACAUUGGAGCCAUGUCCAGCUACCUGUACAUCGUCAAAUCCGAAGUGCCUCUCGUCAUCCAGACCUUCCUCAACCUGGAGGAGAAGACCACGGACUGGUACAUGAACGGGAACUACCUGGUGAUCCUGGUUUCCGUCACCAUUAUCCUGCCUCUGGCCCUCAUGAAGCAGCUGGGUAAGUCAGGGGGAUGCUGCCUGCAGCACCAGGCUCUGGCAACCUGGGGCUCCUGUGGGCUCAGGAAGAGGGAUGCAGCCCCUCUCCACACAGUCCCUGCGCACCCUAGGGUGCUCUGGCAUCACCUCGCUGGGCGGGUACUUGGUGCCCGUGGGUGCCACAGUGGCUGUGCUGAGCCUGUCAUCUCCCGCAGACCCUCCAAGAAGAAGAUGCAGUGCAUCUCCAACAUCUCCAUCAUGGUGAUGUAUCUCAUGUACUUCUUGGCUGCCCUCUUCGGCUACCUCACAUUCUAUGGCCGGGUGGAGUCGGAGCUGCUGCACACGUACAACAAGGUGGACCCCUUCGAUGUGCUCAUCCUGUGUGUGCGGGUGGCUGUGCUGACAGCUGUCACCCUCACUGUCCCCAUCGUCCUCUUCCCGGUGCGCCGGGCCAUCCAGCAGAUGCUGUUCCAAGGGAAGGACUUCAGCUGGAUCCGCCACAUCAUCAUUGCUGUGGUCCUACUGACCUUCAUCAACCUCUUGGUCAUCUUCGCCCCCUCCAUCCUUGGCAUCUUCGGCAUGAUCGGUGCCACCUCUGCUCCCUGUCUCAUCUUCAUCUUCCCUGCCAUCUUCUACAUCCGCAUCAUGCCCAAGGACAAGGAGCCGCUGCGCUCCACCCCCAAAAUCUUGGCUGCUUGUUUCGCCCUCCUUGGGGUGCUCUUCAUGAUCAUGAGCUUGAGCUUCAUCAUCAUCGACUGGGCCACGGGUGGGGGGAAGAGCGGCGGCAGCCACUAGCCAGUACCGGGUGCCCAUGCCAACCUCCCCCCCACCCACCAGUGCCCCAGGGAGAGCUGGCCCUGGGCUCAGUCCCUGUGCCACGGCCCCAACGGGCUUCCCUGGGGACCUUCCGCCAUUGCUGCCCAUCACCUGCAGUGGUGGUGAGGGGGUAUGAGCCAUGGCAGGUGCGGGGACCCCCCGACCCGUGCCCGGGAUAGGGCAGUGAGCCUGGGGCAGGUGCUGUGCCCCACCCCCGCUCCAAAGGGUACCCUCCCUGCUCUGCGCCUCAGUUUCCCCAUCUGUAAAAUGGGGAGAAUAACACUGCCCUACCUCACCGGGAGCUGGCUGUCAGGUGGAGCUCAUCUCUGCACACCCAGAGCCGCUGGCAGUGGGCACUGCCAGGGGCGUGGGGCACUGCCCGCCGUGGGAGCCGAGGACUGGGGUGCUUUCCUGGUCCCCCCAGACAGCAUCGAGAGCCCUGAUGAACCGUGUCCGUGGGGGGCUGGCGUCCAGCGGGGUAGUUGGACCUGUGGCAGCACCCAUGCCCACCCGGCCUCUCCCCCUGCCAUCCCCUGGACCCUGCAGAGAUGCCACCCCACUGCCCUGGCAUCGCAGGGGCACCCUGGCCCCCACGGUACCCAGCCCGCUGCUCUUGAGCCUGCCGAGGGAAUGGUUGCCGCCCGGUGCCCGCAGAUGGGACCCUGGUGAUCCCCAGGCCGUGCUGGGUGACCGGCUGCAUCGCUGUGGGGAGGUCGCACGCCUGUCAGGGCUUGGUGCCCGCUGGCAUCCUGCCUGUGCUGCAGCUUGGCUGCCCGGGGCCUGGCCCCCCUGAGGGGUGUGAGUGGGGGAAGCAGAGGGCUGGGGGCAGCUUGGGGCUCCAGAGCCACCCCCCCGUCUGUGUGCCCAGACACCACGGUGACGGGCACCCCUGCAACGCAAGCUGGCCCUGCUCGCCCUGCACCCAGGGCCAGCACCCAGACCCCCACAGCCCUCUCCCAGCCACCCCCCCAUGCCGCUGGGAUGCCCCACGCCAUGCCAAAACCCGGAGAGUGGCUCUCUCACCCCCCGCCUCCCUUCCCAGCGUGGGGGGGCAGCCCGGGUGGGGGGGCUGUCCUGCGGUGAAGUACAUAAGAGACGUAUUUUUUUACCGGGGUGGUGGAGGCCAGAAUGCUUUUUAUAAAUACUGUAUAUAAGAGUAGAUCUUUUUUAAUGUGUUGCGUUGCUCUGGGUAGUUCUGUAUAAUGUACAUAUCUAUAUGGGGUGGAGGUGGGGGGCUGUGACCCAGCGCCAGUGCGGGGCACUGCUGCGGCCCCUCGCCAUCACCCUGCGACUGCCGGCUGCAGCGUGGUCCCGUUGGCCCUGUCCCCAGCCCGGCUGCCCCGUGCCCACCCCUGCGCUGUGCUGGGGGGGCAACGCUUUUAAAUUAUCCGUGGGGGCGAUGUCUGUGCUGGCAAGGAGGCCGGCCAGUGAAACCUCCAGCAGUGAGAAUAAAGAUGUGAAUGUGC